AUGAGGACCACGUCUGACUACACGCUCGCCGACAUGAGGAAGCCUGUGUGGUCGGGACGGAUGGAAGGGAUGCCGUCCCAUCACGGGGAAGUGUCUCCAUACGCCUCGGUGGAGCCAAGAAUUUGUGACCCGUACCUUCUUGAGAAGGACAGCGGGAUGGACACGGAGAGCGAGAGGGACCGACGGGUGCUAUCCCGUUCCGAGGUCCACGCCCUUCUACAGAAACUACGCAGUGAUAUUCAUACCCUUCGAGACAGCGUUAGCUCCAGGGUGGACGACGAAGAUGCCAUGUACCAAAAAAUAGAAAAUAAACAUAGAAUAAAAGAAAAAAGACGGACUGCCGGGGAUUACUUGCGGAGGCAGGCUCAAGAUAGGGGAUUACACCGGCUGGGAUGUUUGUUUAACCAGAACAUUCCAUUAUGUUGCAGGUUGAUAUGGGUAUUGAUAGUGGGCGCUCUGCUGGCACUGGCUGCCUAUCAACUACGGGACAGGAUUCUCAAAUUCAUCAACUUUCGUACCUACAGUAGUGUUCAAAUUUACCAGCUUGAUUCCAUGCCUUUUCCUGCCGUCACAAUUUGUAAUUUAAAUCCUUUCAGACUGUCCAAAGCUGUAGAGACGGGACAAUACGAUAGUUUACAGAGAGUCACCCAAGGCUCAGUGCCCAGCGCUGACAUUCUGGCAACAGCGCCAUUGGGAAAUGAUAGCUAUGCAGACUUCCUCAAAAAUGUGUCACACCAAAGAGAAGACUUUAUAUUAAGGUGUCAAUGGCGGGACAGAUGGUGUGGUCCUGCCAAUUUCUCACUGUCCUUCACGGACACAGGGCUCUGCUACACCUUCCAGCCCGACCCAGCCUCGGCCGGUGUGGACAGGCCAGGUCCGUCAACAGGCCUGUCUCUAUUGCUAAAUGUAGAACAAUACGAAUAUCUGCCCGGUAACAAACGAGGUGUGGGUGCUAAGGUAACUAUCCAUGAACCGGGCCACCUGACAGAGGUCAAUCAGCAGGGCAUCAAUGUACCCGUGGGGAAACAUACAGCCAUGGAAAUUAAACAAAUAAAGCACAUGCGCCUUCAGCCUCCCCUCGGCAAGUGUCGGAGUUUAACCACCUUUAAUGGUAGUUCUGCGCAAGUGCAGUACACUAGAGACCUAUGUGAGCGACGUUGUAAAACAAGGGAGAUAAUAUCGGAGUGUAAUUGCUCGCCCCCGUCAAGCCCUGAAUUUCACCCUAAUGUUAAAAAGUGCGAUGUAAGGCAGUACUUCUCCUGCGCUGUAAAGGUCAAUGGUUUCACCGGUCGAAACCAGAAGGAGUGUGGCUGUGAACUGGAAUGUGACAGAACGGAAUUUGAUAUAUUUGCCUCGCACGCCACAUUGGCGUCCUACGGCGAAGUGAACUGGAGAAGGGAAUUUAAAAAUCUCGCCGCUUUAGAAGAACGUGUUAGAAACGCUCGCGACACUUUCCAAAAGGAGGAUGUGUCUAUAAAGAAUCACGAUCGUGAGCAGCUCUUGUCCCUCAAACAGUCUUUGGAGGAUAGCUCUGUUCAGGCGGAUUCGUUUCUGACCUACGUCAAUCAGUACGACAAAGAGCAUACGAAUGCCUCUAAUAAUCUUUUGGAGGCUGUCGGAGAACUAAAUAAAAGCGUUCUGUCCAACUACGACUUUUUCCAAGCAACAGGUCACACGGCUUUUAACUUGUUUGUACAGAACCUUAGAAAAGAGCUUAACGGUAUUUCGUCGAAAGCUAAAGAGUUUUAUCCGGGCAAGAUGAACAGUCAAGGUCGACCAGAGCAAAUGUCUUUACAAAGCGUGGAUGAAAUGCUGAGAAACUUAAGCAAACUGGUGCCAACGGGAAAGCAAGAUUGGUCCCAGAGUACGCCAGUCAUGGUGGAAAUACAGGACGGAAUCCGGACAUUCCAAGAUGAAUUGUUAUACGGUUACGGUCAAAAUUACAGAGAAUUCAACAAGUCCAGGCGGUAUUACGAGAUCAGUACGCGUGGCUUGUUGGAUACGGCUCAAAAACUCUCAGCUGUUCUUCUGAAAAGUUAUUGGCUACUAGGCAACACUAGUGCUGCGGCCAGGGGACGUAACCAUGUCAGAGCUAACACUCUGUAUAGUGCCUUUUUGAACACCAUUAAAGAGGCAGAGAGAAGCCAAGUGAAACUGUCCCAAGAGCUAGAAGAGUUAUUCCAGCGAUAUAUAGAAAACCGUCGGGGAGUUGUGUCGCUGUAUAAAACGUUAAUGAGUAUCGGGGCCAACACAACAACGGAUUCUUGGAGUUUGUGUAAAGAUGUGAAACAAAUGAAAUCCCUCGCGGAGAGACUAAAAAUCAAGAUGUCAUACCUCCAGGAUUCCAUGGAUUCUGUAGUUAGAGGAUAUCUCAAAAAUGACUUCAAUAAAACAGCUAUGGGAAAUCGGCUGAAAGAUGACAAAAUAUUCAAAGAAAUGAAUGAGGUUGAGUCCAUCGUACGCAGUAUCUUAUCCAUGACAAACCGAAUGCAGCUGGAUGGGUGGAAUCUGGUGAACCCGAUUAAACCUAUAUCUGCUCGUCUCAGCGAGUUCGGACUGAUGGAACCAACUAAGGUCCAGCUUAUCUUUGACCGGCUUACCUUUUCCUUGCUGAGCAAAGAGGUGAAACAUCUGAACGACGAGAUCCAGACGAGCCUGAGCAUAAUACGGUCGUACCAGGAGGAACUAUCCGACUACACUCGAUCUAACAGGAUCAACGAGGAUUUCUAUAAAGCCAAUCUAUUACAGCUGGAGUUGUACUUUCCUGACCUAACCGAGACUCGCAUCACGCAGAGAAUCGCAUACGGCUUAUUUGAUCUGGCUUGCGAUGUCGGUGGAACCUUCGCGCUUUAUCUGGGAUUUAGUCUGUUAACAGCAUUUGACAUCUUGGAUUUUCUCGGAGCCUUUUGCAAAUGGUGCGCGUAUCCAUCCAGGCAGUGACAACGGACAAGUCUGUCCUCAAGCUAAAGUACGAGCUACGGCUUCUCACGGCAAAGUAUACCGGCAGUGCGAAAACUUACACUUUGCUUUGAAUAGGACGGAAAGAAACAUUCGUUGGUACAAGACGAGAACACACAUAAACACGUGACUUUCUUCACCCAGAAAACUGUGUUAACAUGCGUGAUUGGUUGGUAGGUAGGAUUACAUUACUGUUGCAGCCUUUCAAAUGGCACAAACAGUCUGUGUGGGAGAUGUUACCAUGGUGAUAAACACUUCAAUCAUUUGGACAUGUGAUCAGGUUUUGCUCACCACUUGGAUGGUUUUACAAUUGUCAAAAUGACCCGCACCUCAACAGGUCGGGUAUUCGUGCCGCAUCAGUGCUAUAUAGUGAAAAAUCAAGGUUAAAAUGCUAAACGAAAGUUCCUCGCUGUGCCAUGUUUUUUGUUCUGGUAUAGGAAUACAUUUGAAGUCAGCAGUGGCGUUAUUGACGAAAGCGGCGGAGCAGCUGUCUCUCAUAUAUAGGUAUGGUGAUACUGUGCAUAUCACACACCGGACCUUUCGCAGCAGGAAGAUAGGCCACGUUACGAAGGAAUGUUAUAAAUGAUUUUUUUUUUAACAAAGCAACGGUAUCACGGCGUAUUUUGUGGAAUUUUGCGAAAAAGACUUAUUUCAGACUCAUAAAAUGGAGUAAAUAACACUGGCUAUAAUCAAUGCAACAAUGAUUCUACAAAACAGACGGAUGUAACAACUUUGUUAUAUCGUAGCGAAUAUACCUGGAGACGCAUGAAUAUGCCUGGAGACGAAGAGGACGUGUAGGUCAUAGACGUUGACGUCAUGAGGCUUGAUGUUAUGCUAGGUCACAUGACGAACUUGAUGUGAACUUCCGAUAUUGUCUCAUGACGCCACACAGAGUUGGACUGGCUCUCGCACAUAUACUUGAAGCAAUGCGUUCAUGGCCUCUACUUGGAUGUAACGAUCAAACUUUGAGUACAAUCAUGAGCACACCAUUCUUUGAUGAUAGAGAUCAGAGAACUAAAAUAUAUUUUACAAAUAUUCCCAGUGACAUACCUUAGUUAAUGGUGUGUUAUAUAGGCCUGCAGAGCCGCGGCGUUGACAAUAUGACGUUCUCCGUGUGCUUAGUGAGGAUUCUACCAAGGAGGCUUGGCAGCGUGGUGGGUAACAUAUAAAUCAGCUUGUUUGAAUAUACAUCGAUAAACAUGUAAUCAUUUUUUUCAAUCAUGCCUACAGAGCAUCUUUGAAAAUUAACGAUAAAUUUAUUUUUCUUCCUUUAAAAUGUUCGCAUAUCACUGGAUUUUGGCGGUGUAUUUGGUCGUCAUUUCUGUUGGGACAGUGUCCUAAAAUCAUUUCGUUAUCAUCAAAUCACGGAGAAUGAUGUGACAGUUACAACAAAUAUGUACUCACUCAAGAAUGUCGCCAGGAUUCACUCUCAGUUUCAAAAUACUUCUGAACAUGUAUGUAUGCUCGAGCGUUGGAGAAUUAUAUAUAUAUCUAUAUACCAAUAUAUACGUAUGACGUCAGUGAAUCUUGCUUACAGUUUCGAGUGUUCAUCAGAGCCGAUAUUCUCUGAACCCAUGAAUGAAUAACUAAACUGUAAAUAAGUGGCAGAAAUUUCCAUGAAAUGGAUAUUACGAUAUACGUCGGAGUCUCCCUGCAAGCUAUAUACAUGUAUAUGGGAACAUUCCAAGUUAUACUGUGAAUAUAUUCAGGACCAAUGUUUGUAUAAAAAGUGUGUGUAAAAUAAUAAUGAUUUCAGUACUUGUCAAAUGCAUAAAUAUUUCCGUAUUUAUUGCACUUUUGAAUUUAUUAUUUCAAACCAGGCUUCAAACCCUACCUUUCCGAUGUUGACAAGUCUCCGUCAUAGAGCUUAUCAACAGUUAUGUUUUCGUUUAAAUUAUUCAAAGCUAGAAGGGAUUAUUUCUUUCAUAUCUAUUGGUGAAUAAACAACU